AUCAAGCACCUAGGCAUGCAGGCUGCUUCUACAAAUAUUUGCGAAAGAAUGGGUCGCUCUCAGUGAGUUCAAGUGUGGUACUGUAAUAGGUUGCCACCUGUGCAAUAAGUCCAUCUGUGAAAUUUCCUUGCUACUAAAUAUUCCACGGUCAACUGUUAGUAGUGGUGUCAUAACAAAGUGGAAGCAACUGGGAAAAACAGCAACUCAGCCACAAAGUGGCAGGCCACGUAAAAAUGACAAAGCGGGAUCAGCACAUGCUAAAGCGCACAGUGCGUAGAAGUCGCCAACUGUCUGCAGAGUCAAUAGCUAAAGACCUUCAAACUUCAUGUGGCCUUCAGAUUAGCACAACAGUGCGUAGAAGGUUCAUGGAAUGGGUUUCCAUGGUUGAGCAGCUGCAUCCAAGUGCAAUGCAAAGCGUUGGAUGCAGUGGUGUAAAUCACACUGCCAUUGGACUCUACAGCAGUACUUGCCUAACUGCAUUGUGCCAAGUGUAUAGU